GCCCCUGUGCUCUGGUCUUCCCUGCCACCGGAACGGAAGAACGAGUACACCGACCUCGUAGAUCACGGAAAAGCUUUCCGGGUCUUCCCGGCGCUAGUUUGACGUCAGUUGUCUUCUCAAAGAACGUCAAAUACUCAAGCCUUUUGAAGCAGUAACAUUGUAACAUACACACAAGACGGUUAUUCGAGAAACUCAUUUGAUCGCCAACAUGACCGACCGGACACAAGACACGACUAAGGGCGUGCUGGGCGACGUCAAGUCCGCACUGAAGGGUAUCAAAGGCGCCGGCGAUACCAUCCGUGGCACAGUCAAUGAAUCGGUCGACACAGCAUUCGACGAUAAGCAGGGCCAAGUGGAAAACCGAGCUGUCAAAGAAAAAGGAGAAGCAGAUGUGAACGCUGCCGACCAACGUCUCAGUGGUGGGAACAAUACCGGACUGAAGACUGGAGGAGUUAGUGGAACGACAACGACAACUACCGGUGGCGCCACGACUGGCGCUGGAGCCCACUCAGGAGGUGUUGGCAACUUGAGGAGUGAUGUACCCCAGACAGGUCUCGGCGACGAGCCUGGUUCGACAACUCAACGUUAUUGAAGGGAGAGACACGUGAAUUGGACGACUCAUCGCACUGCUUUGUUGCUGCGAUGUCAACAAUCAUCCUUACAGUUUCUUCUGCCAUGUGACUGCACAACGAAAUCUAUCAACAUAGGUAGCUGCUUCUCUUUGCACUGCUUUGCAAAGGUCGACCUCUUUCCCAAACUUCUUGUUGAAGGC